UGGCAUAAGGCCAGUGGCUCACUGUCUUUAGGAACUGGCCAGCCUGGGUGGGCAGUCUCUCCAGGGCCAACAGGGCCCCAGAUGCCAGACCAUCAGAAAUGCAAAACAUAAAAAGGCACGAUUAAGACAAUCAGAGUUUGUCAAAUGAUGUUUUUCUAAUUUCAUCAUUCCUUUCACAUGUACUAGCUGGCAUUCCUCUGUUUUAUUUUCCCUUGGAAAUAAAAAAGUUUUACCAAUUUUAGGUAAAAUAGAGGAAUAAUCACCAGCUAUGACACUGUUGGAAUCCAAUGACUUGAUUUGCUCAAAGUACGUAGAUCAAGGACCAUGUUCUAGAACGCUGGAGAUGGGAUACAUAUGAGACAAUGAAAAAUGUCUACAUCCCUGGAAUUUACCUUCCAGUAGGUGUUGGUGGGGGACGUGCAGAGACCAGACAGUAACAAGGUAAGAAAACUGUCACGUGUUUCAGAUGGUGAUCGUGACUGCAAAAAUGAUGCAGGAAGGAUAGACGUGUUGGGUGAGUUGAGUUGGUGACAACAGGGCAUAGGAUGGAGGGCACUGGAGUGCAGACUCAGGGCAGCUGAGGGAGUGAGCCCCAGCCACGUGCGGGAGAGUGUUGUGGGGGAGGAAACAGAAGGGCAAAGGCCCUGGGGCAGGUUUAGAGAAAAGCAGAGAGGCCGGUGGAGGAGCGAAGGGCGAGGGAGAGAGGUGGGAAAUGCGGUCGGAGUGUCCGGGGCCAGCUCAUGCGGGACCUGGGGGCGCUGUCCAGCUUAGACGGAAGGCUCUGGAGUGUUCUGAUAGCUGCCAGCACCCAGACAUCAGGGGAGGCUUUCUGUGUCUCCUUGCUUAGCUCCCAGGUCAAGUCCACCUUGUGAGGAUGGCCACAGUGUCCCGUCCAUUCAUUCCCCGGAUGUUCUCGGGAGCAGGUAUCGCUCCAGGUACAGUGAAGGCAAAAGUGAGGGGCACACGAUGGCUUGGGCCCUGCCCUCAUGCGGCCUGGAGUCAAGCAAGGGCAGAGGGACUAGAAUAUUCUCCCAGGCAAGAGUGAAGUGCCACUGCGCCUCCAGCCUGGUCCUGAAGGCCGGGGACGGCUCCCCUGAGGAAGUGGCUCCCAGUCAAACUCUGAAGGGCCAAGAAGAGUCAACAAGGUAGAGAGAGGACAGGCUUGCUCCAGGCAAAAAGGAUAGCAAGGCGGGAGCAGGAGGUGGACGGGGACGUAGGCGGAGCUGCCCCAGGUUUCUGCCUAUGUCCUAGGAACAGUGGGCAAGUGUCGGCAGGGGUGACAGGUCAGGGCUCAGAAGCUCUUUCUGCCCAGGUGCCAAGAAGGGCCUGGAGGGUGGGAGGGUUGUAGUUGGACAGUCGCUGUGGUCCAGGGAAGCACAGGCGACGGUGUGGAUGGGGUGGAGAAGCCCAUAGACAGGACUGAUGCGAUCAGCCGGACCUGGGCUGGAGGAGAGGGAGGUAUCUGGACGGCUUGCAUAACACCAGUUCAUCCUGAGGUUGACAUUUCUCCUUGACCUUUUGUUUGUGUCCCCACACCCAAGGUCGCAUUAGCGGCCUGCUGGGUUUAAUCAAGUUUAAUCAAGUCACCUGGUGAUGCCAGGAGGUGAAGGGAUAAUCAGUCUAUUUCCAGAACCCAAAGAGGUUUAGGAUGAAAAGUAGCUUUGAUUAGCUCUUGUCCCUCCCACCAGCCUCCUGCAGGCACCGGGUGACUCAUGCAGCCAUGGGACUCUGUGUGGAGACUGGGGGCCUUGCUUAAUGCUGAGAACUGCUGAAGCCACCAGUUCACCAUCUCAGCGCUAAUCCAACCUGCUCCUUAAAUGGGAUUUGGCUCCUAGACGUUGAGACCUGGGUGCCGGGUCUCCUCACCAGAUCCUCUGCAAGUCCCUGACACACGUCAGCCGAGGCCGUCGUCCGAGCCUCCAAGGGCUGGUCUGGUGAGACAGGGCCAGCGUGCCUAGGCCAGGGGCCGGCUGCUCCUCAUCCAGGGGCCUAGGGACCCUCCCCUUGCCACCCUGCCCAUCCCACCUGGUUGGUGACAGAUCACAAGCCCUCCAACACCUGACGUAGAGCCCAAGGCAGAAAAAGCUGCCAGGGACAGGUGACAUGGCGGCCAGCGGGAAGACCAGCAAAUCUGCGCCAAACCACGUCAUCUUCAAGAAGAUCUCCCGGGACAAAUCGGUGACCAUCUACCUGGGGAAGAGAGACUACGUAGACCACGUCAGCCAAAUAGAGCCUGUGGAUGGUGUCGUAUUGGUUGAUCCCGAGCUCGUGAAGGGAAAGAAAGUGUAUGUCUCUCUGACCUGCGCCUUCCGCUACGGCCAGGAGGACAUCGACGUGAUAGGCCUGAGCUUCCGCAGGGACCUCUACUUCUCUCGGAUCCAGGUGUACCCUCCUGUGGGGGCCGCGAACACCCCCACGAAACUGCAGGAUAGCCUGCUGAAGAAGCUGGGGGGCAACACAUACCCCUUUCUGCUCACGUUUCCCGACUACUUGCCCUGUUCAGUGAUGCUGCAGCCGGCUCCGCAAGACACAGGGAAGUGCUGCGGCGUCGACUUCGAGGUCAAAGCGUUCGCCACAGACUGCGCCGAUGGCGAAGAGGACAAAAUCCCGAAGAGGAGCUCCGUGCGGUUACUGAUCCGGAAAGUACAACACGCUCCGCCCGAGAUGGGCCCCCAGCCCCGUGCCGAGGCGUCCUGGCAGUUCUUCAUGUCCGACAAGCCCCUGCAGCUCACUGUCUCCCUCAGCAAAGAGAUCUACUUCCACGGGGAGCCCAUCCCUGUGACCGUGACUGUGACCAAUAACACGGAGAAGACAGUGAAGAAGAUUAAAGCACUAGUGGAACAAGUGGCCAAUGUGGUUCUCUACUCAAGCGACUAUUACGUCAAGCCGGUGGCCACGGAGGAAGCACAAGAAAAAGUGCCACCAAACAGCACUUUGACCAAGACACUGACGCUGGUGCCCUUGCUGUCCAACAAUCGAGAAAGGAGAGGCAUCGCCCUGGACGGGAAGAUCAAGCACGAGGACACCAACCUCGCCUCCAGCACCAUCAUUAAGGAGGGCAUAGACCGGACCGUCCUGGGGAUCCUGGUGUCUUACCAGAUCAAGGUGAAGCUCACGGUGUCAGGCUUUCUGGGCGAGCUCACCUCCAGUGAAGUGGCCACUGAGGUCCCCUUCCGCCUCAUGCACCCCCAGCCUGAGGACCCAGCUAAGGAAAGUUUCCAGGAUGAAAAUUUAGUUUUUGAGGAGUUUGCUCGCCAAAAUCUGAAAGAUACAGGAGACACUGAGGAAGGGAAGAAGGACAAGGAUGACGCCAUUGAUGAGUGAAGACGUCGGCUCAGGACAGGUGGAAGUGGUCCGUAGUUACCAGUGCCACAAGCAAAGCGCCACAGUGGGCCCUGCAGAGUUAUGCUAAAUACGAAAUAGCAGUCUUCUUCCCAGAAAUAAAGCUUGUCCCUUCUCCCCUGA